CAGCCAUCGUUCCUCUCGUACUUCGACAAACCCUCGCCAUCAGCCAUAGGAGGCAUUGUCUCAGCAUUCGCAGCCGGCGCCUGUUUUGGCGCUCUCUCCUCGGCUCUGAUCACUGAUCGACAUGGACGCCUCUGGGGUCUACGCAUUGGCUCUCUUAUUGCCGUCAUUGGAGCCGCCUUCCAAGCUGGAGCGGUACAUGUUGCCAUGCUCAUUAUCGGGCGGCUGGUGAAUGGUUUCGGCGCGGGAAUCCUCACCGCGACUUUCCCUGUCUACGCCUCCGAAGUUGCUCCCCCGAACAUUCGUGGUGCUUUGGGUGGUUUCCAAAUGCUCAUGAUCAGUGCUGCGAUUUUCAUCGCCAUAGCGACAGGCUAUGGAUUUGGAACGUCGUUCACAAACGACGCUCAAUGGCGAGGACCACUUGCGAUUCAGGCUGCGCCUCUGCUGUUGCUCGUACCUGCUUCAUUUUUCAUACCAGAGACUCCUCGAUACCUCAUCUCCAAGGACAAGGAAGAUGAAGCGUAUCGCACCUUAAGGCGAUUACAUCGCGGGUGCACCGAAGCCUUCAUCGAAGGCGAGAUUACGGAAAUGGUCGAUCAGAUUCAAGCCGAACGAGCCAUAUUCACACCAACCUGGAUAGAGAUCUUCCAACGCCCUUCUUGGCGUCGUCGUAUCCUGCUUAUAGCCGGACUACAGAUCAUGGCUCAGCUUACAGGGAUAAAUUGUAUCCAGUACUACGCAUCAAGCAUCUACGAGCGACUAGGCUUCAGUACAUUUGACGCCCUCAAGCUAAAUCUCAUCUACGGAGCCUUUGGACUCAUUUUCAACAUAUUCUGGGUGCUCACUGUUGAUCGGCUUCCUCGCAUUCGCCUCAUCAUCGCAUCUUUGGCCCUGAUGUGUGCAGCUUUGUUGACUCAAGCGGUCCUCUCCGGUGUUUACGAGAAGCGGAGCUAUGUCCCAGCGAAUGCUCUCCGAGCUCAAGUGGCCAUGUUCUUCGUGUUCAAUCUCGGGUUCAUGGCAAUGGGAAUGCUUACAUGGCUGAUACCUCCUGAGAUGUGUCCAAUGGUCAUGAGAGCCAAAGCCAAUGCGGUGUCUGUCGCAGUGAACUAUGUCGCAGGCCUCGUCGUGGCACAAGUUGCGCCAAUCGGUCUCGCCCACAUCGGCUUCAAAUUCUUCUUCCUCUUCGUGGCCUGCGACGUGGUGUCAAUCCCAAUUCUGUAUUUCUUCUACCCAGAAACCUCGAAGCUUUCUUUGGAGGAGAUGAAUGUCAAGUUCGCAGAUGAGAUUGUUGACCACCUGGAGAAGAUCGCACCGGAAUAUCAUUCGCAACGCGCCCCCGAUGCGCCAACGAAGAGUGAUGCUAAGAAGGUCGAGAUUACAUUGGUUGAAGAGAGGUGA